AUGAAGAGUAUGCUUAUGAAAUUAGCGUAUACACCUUGCAAGCAAAGAUUUGAAGCUGGUCUUAAUAAAUUUCGUUCGCAUUCUCCUGAAGUUCAAACAUGGAUUGACAACAUAUCAAAGGAAAAGUGGAGCUUGGCUUAUGAUCAUGAAGGGCAGCGUUAUGGUCACAUGACGACUAAUUUGUCUGAGUCAGUGAAUAAAGUUUUAAAAGGGGAAAGAAAUCUCCCAAUUACUGCCCUUGUGAAAGCAACCUAUAGUAGAUUGGUCGAAUAUUUUGUCAAACGGGGUGAAAGCGCAAUCAAUGACAUGAACAAUGGCAAAAGGUAUUGUCGUAAAUUAAUUGAAGCUAUAGAAAAAAAUCAAGAAGAAGCAUCUUCGCAUCAGGUUCGUCGUUACGACAUACAAAGUACAAGGUUCGAGAUUGAAGAGGCUUUUAAUCCAAUGACACAAAGGGGGGGUCAUAAGUGGAGUGUGAUAUUAUCUACACGUGAAUGUGAAUGUGGCAAAUUUCAGGCAUACCGAUACCCUUGUUCACAUGUCAUAGCCGCUUGUGUUACUGUAAGUAUAGACUUUUGGCAGUAUGUUGAUCCUGUAUAUACUCUGCAGUAUGUUGUGAACGCAUACUCAUCUCAGUGGUGGCCGCUUGGAAAUGAAGCAAACAUUUUACAAAAUGAUGAAUGGAAGUUGUUGCCUGAUCAAGAUAGAGCACGAGGUAAAGGAAGACCAAAGGCUUGUAGAAUUAGAAAUGAAAUGGAUUGGGUUGAGUCACAACCGCGACAACGAUGUAGGUUAUGUCGACAACCAGGUCAUAAUCAACGUCAUUGUACUCAACAAAGCAAUGCUAACAUUAAUCAUGACUAG